AUGCUCCUCAACGACCGAGAGUCCUACAUAAUCAGCGAGGCUGUCAGUCUAAAGUCCUUACUGGCGAAGGUUAACAAAAUUCUGUCUCAACUAAAGAAGGAAAAAGUCAUCACCGUCAAAGACUGGUAUAUGGAAAAACGCACAGAAAUGUCAAUGGCGAGAUUCUACGGUCUUCCAAAGGUGCACAAGCCAGAUGUCCCCCUCCGACCAAUCGUCUCACUCCGAGGCACACCCACAUACGGGCUCGCAAAUUGGCUGUUUCAGAAGCUAAGAUUCCUAACCGCCGGCUCACAAACAACAGUACACUCAGCAGAGCAAUUCCUCGACAAAAUAAGGGCGGUCACGAUCGAACCGAAUGAGAAGAUGGUGUCAUUUGACGUCGUCUCACUCUUCACGUCCAUACCGCAGGCCCUUGCGGUCGAGACGCUCGGUGGCCUGCUACGUCAGAAUUACGACGAGGGCGAUGGCCAGCCCACAGCUCAAGAUUACAAAGAACUCAUGGGGCACUGCCUUAAGACAUUUAGGGGAUCACAUGAGCAAAUUAAGGGCACUCCGAUGGGUCCACCAAUCUCCGGACUCAGUGCCGAGGCGGUUCUGCAAAAAUCCCAGAAACGACUGUUCGAGGAAUACAAACCAAAGUUUUGGGCGCGCUAUGUUGACGAUACCUUCGUAAUCAUCGAUCAGGAUACUAUGAAGAGCUGCUGA